GGGACCAAUCAGAACACGUCUCUAAUACCCUCGCCUAGACCUCGAAACUAGAAGCUGAGCUCUGAUUGGCUACUUUGGGAUUGCUUCACUUAGAAGUUUUACACGGGACACGUCUUCACAUGAAAGAAAUGUUUGUGUACCGUGUGGAAAUAACGCGAGAUUUAGCCCGCUGGGUGUCGGGUCAGGGCGGGGUGAAUGGGGCUGUGACCUUCUCGUCCCCCGUGCGGUACGUGUAGGCAGCGCUCCCCGGCCUCCUGCGUACUCUGCACGGCGCCAUCUUUGCGCGUUCUCUGCCCGCCCUCCCAGAGGCGGAGGCCGGGAGUUCCCGGUCACACCGAUACGAGCGGCCGCUCCUCCUCCUGUUCCCGCCCACACCGCACUUUGUUUCCGCCCACACACCCCAGGCCGCCCUUUGUUUCCGGUGUUCGCAGCGCCCUCUUGCUGCCCCUCCCCAGCUCGGUUUUUGGGAUCAGUACGAGGCCGUCCGGAGUGUCGGUGUGAGGAAGACAUCGUGGGAAGUGGCUUCAAGAAAAAUCUAACCUGGAUUAUUCCUGUUUCGGUCUGAUUUGGUUACAGGAAAGCUGAUGCCUCUCGUCGUUCCCCAUGUUAAAGAAGCCACGUUCACACAGAUGAGCCAAGAGCAGUGGCAGCAGUGUAAUCCUAGAUAGUCAGACGGCAGACUGCUCAAGCAGGAUGCCGUCAACAAGUCGAGCUGGAAGCCUGAAAGACCCAGAGAUUGCGGAGCUCUUCUUUAGAGAUGACCCAGAAAAGCUUUUUACCGACCUCCGAGAAAUUGGUCAUGGAAGUUUCGGAGCUGUUUAUUUUGCACAUGAUGUGCGCACCAAUGAAGUGGUGGCCAUCAAGAAAAUGUCCUAUAGCGGAAAGCAGUCAAAUGAGAAAUGGCAGGAUAUCAUCAAAGAAGUGAAAUUCCUUCAAAGGAUACAACAUCCGAACAGUAUAGAAUACAAAGGUUGCUAUCUGAGGGAGCACACAGCAUGGUUGGUUAUGGAAUAUUGUUUAGGAUCUGCAUCAGACUUAUUAGAAGUUCACAAAAAGCCAUUGCAAGAAAAUGAAAUUGCAGCAAUUACACACGGGGCACUGCAGGGAUUAGGUUAUUUGCAUUCUCAUAAUUUAAUCCAUAGAGAUAUAAAGGCAGGCAACAUCCUUCUCACAGAACCAGGCCAGGUGAAACUUGCGGACUUUGGGUCUGCUUCAAUAGCCUCUCCCGCCAAUUCAUUUGUGGGGACACCAUAUUGGAUGGCCCCAGAAGUUAUCUUAGCCAUGGAUGAAGGACAGUAUGAUGGAAAAGUGGAUGUUUGGUCUCUCGGGAUCACUUGUAUUGAAUUAGCUGAGAGGAAACCUCCUUUGUUUAACAUGAAUGCAAUGAGUGCCUUAUACCACAUAGCGCAGAAUGACUCUCCCACACUUCAGUCUAGUGAAUGGUCUGACUACUUUAGAAACUUUGUAGAUUCAUGUCUCCAGAAAAUCCCUCAAGAUCGCCCUACGUCAGAUGAGCUGCUUAAGCACAUGUUUGUCUUGCGUGAGCGACCAGAAACAGUGUUAAUUGACCUGAUCCAGAGGACAAAGGAUGCAGUCAGAGAGCUGGAUAACCUACAGUACCGUAAAAUGAAGAAGCUGCUUUUCCAGGAGGCCCACAAUGGCCCUGCUGUAGAAACUCAAGAGGAGGAGGAGGAGCAAGAGCAUGGAGUUGGUAGAACAGGCACUGUAAACAGCAUCGGUAGUAAUCAGUCUAUCCCAAGUAUGUCUAUUAGUGCCAGUAGCCAAAGUAGUAGUGUGAAUAGUCUUCCAGAUGCCUCAGAUGACAAGAGUGAAUUGGACAUGAUGGAAGGAGAUCAUACCGUAAUGUCAAACAGCUCUGUCAUUCAUUUGAAACCAGAGGAAGAAAAUUUCCCAGAGGAAUCAGAAUCUAGAAUGCGGCAAUCAGAACCACAGUCUCCACCCCAGGUUUCUCGCCACAAAUCUCACUAUCGGAACAGAGAGCACUUUGCCACCAUACGCACUGCCUCGCUGGUGACGAGGCAAAUCCAGGAACAUGAGCAAGACUCAGAGCUGCGGGAGCAGAUGUCUGGCUACAAGCGCAUGAGGCGGCAACAUCAAAAGCAACUCAUGGCACUAGAGAACAAGCUGAAGGCGGAGAUGGAUGAGCAUCGGCUCAGGCUAGACAAAGAUCUAGAGACUCAGCGCAACAACUUUGCAGCAGAAAUGGAAAAACUUAUAAAGAAACACCAAGCAGCCAUGGAUAAAGAGCUGAAGCUGAUGGCUAAUGAAGAGAAGAAAUUCCAGCAACACAUCCAGGCACAACAAAAGAAAGAACUGAACAGCUUCUUGGAGUCACAGAAGAGGGAAUAUAAAUUGCGAAAGGAGCAAUUGAAAGAGGAGUUAAAUGAAAACCAGAGUACUCCAAAAAAAGAGAAACAAGAGUGGCUGUCAAAGCAAAAGGAGAAUUUCCAGCAUUACCAGGCUGAAGAAGAAGCCAAUCUCCUGCGCCGUCAAAGGCAAUACCUAGAGCUGGAGUGCCGCCGUUUCAAGAGGCGGAUGUUACUCAGUAGACAUAACCUUGAGCAGGAUCUGGUUAGAGAGGAGCUAAAUAAGAGACAAACACAAAAAGAUCUGGAACAUGCCAUGCUGCUGAGACAACAUGAGUCAAUGCAAGAGUUAGAGUUUCGCCAUCUAAAUACUAUACAGAGGAUGCGAUGUGAGCUUAUAAAGCUACAACAUCAAACAGAACUCACAAACCAGCUUGAAUACAAUAAACGGAGAGAGCGGGAGCUAAGACGCAAACAUGUCAUGGAAGUUCGACAGCAACCCAAGAGCCUCAAGUCUAAAGAGCUCCAGAUCAAGAAGCAGUUUCAGGAUACAUGCAAGAUUCAAACGCGGCAGUAUAAAGCUUUGCGAAAUCACCUUUUGGAGACCACGCCAAAGAAUGAACACAAAGCUGUGCUUAAGCGGCUGAAAGAAGAGCAGACCCGUAAACUGGCAAUAUUAGCUGAGCAGUAUGACCAUAGCAUUAAUGAGAUGUUGUCUACACAAGCGCUGCGCUUGGAUGAGGCACAGGAAGCAGAGUGCCAGGUUUUAAAGAUGCAACUGCAGCAAGAACUGGAGCUACUGAAUGCUUAUCAGAGUAAAAUUAAGAUGCAAGCGGAGGCCCAACAUGACCGUGAAUUACGUGAACUGGAACAAAGGGUUUCCCUCCGUAGAGCCCUUCUUGAGCAGAAGAUUGAAGAGGAAAUGCUGGCUCUUCAGAAUGAGAGAACAGAGCGAAUACGUAGUCUUUUGGAACGCCAAGCUCGGGAAAUUGAAGCUUUUGACUCUGAAAGCAUGAGACUAGGUUUUAGUAACAUGAUACUUUCUAAUCUCUCCCCCGAGGCGUUCAGCCACAGCUACCCGGGAGCUUCUGGCUGGUCUCACAAUCCCACGGGAGGCCCUGGACCUCAUUGGGUACACCCCAUGGGAGGCCCACCUCAAGCCUGGGGACACCCAAUGCAAGGUGGGCCCCAACCAUGGGGUCAUCCUUCAGGGUCAGUCCAAGGUGUCUCACGUGGCAGUACAAUGGGGGUCCGCAACAGCCCCCAGGCUCUGAGGCGGACAGCUUCUGGGGGACGGACAGAGCAGGGAAUGAGCAGGAGCACAAGUGUUACUUCACAGAUAUCCAAUGGUUCACACAUGUCUUAUACAUAACUGCAAGAGAAACUUAAAGGCCAUUCCUUUUGAUCAUUCAACACAAACUGCCUAAAGAUGUCCUCACAGCAGCUUUCUCAAUGGUACUGAGCAGCUGCCAAAAUAAGGCUUCCUACACAUGCUGUAUUUUAGUUCGUUUGUACAGGGUUACUUGUAUGUGUGUAAUCUACAGUAUGAUUGCAUUGGCUGCUGGGGUUUUUUGUUUUUUUGUUUUUUUUAAUCAGGGAAUUGUUUGAAGGAAAAAACAGCAAAGUAAAGCAUGUGGGUUGUGCUGAAAGUGGAAAGUGGACAUAACUUGGAAAUAGCUACUUUAUUGAACAGACGCACGAUGCUUUCAUAGUCUACGCAGAUUCACUUUUGAGAACUAUAUCGGCACUUUGAGCACUCGAAACAUUCCCUAGCUCAGCACUACACUCCAGUCGGGCAUUGUCAUAUCUCACUCUUGAGAGUGAAGUAAGUUCUCCUUUUUGUCUGAGUGAGCGAUCCUAUCCGGUUUUUACAAGGAGCAUAGCAAUUCAUACUUUUAGGUUUCCUGUACAUUUCUUUAUAUGUGUCAAAUUAAUUUGCUUUAAAUAGGCCAAAAAAUGUUUCAUCUAGACUAUGUCACUGCUUUAAGAGGUUACUAAUGGCAUAUUUAUUCCCCUGCAAAGACUGAUUUCUUCAUUUAUUUCUUUUACUGCUACACAGUACUAAAUUAAGAUACAUUUGUCACCCUUAUUAUUAUACCAUAUACCUUAAGGUGCAACCAGUCCAGUGUGCAAUGAAAUGGCCUUAUGCCAUUUCAUUUAAAAAAAAUUUUGGAUGAAGCAUAACAAUGUCCAGACCCUGCUAAUGUGCUUAGUUUUGAUAUGUAGAUCUGUGAUGUUUCCUAGUAGUUUUCUAAUAUCUUUUUUGGUGGCAGUGGUCCAGGAAUAGGUGUCAUAGCAUCAUCUUAAUUGCACGUCACAGGAAGCAUGGCACCCAGUGUAGCAGUAAACAGUCCAAAACCUAGUCUUUCUUCAUACAUAUCAUAUCCUGCUCUAGCCACGGGAGGUUUCCAUUACCUUAUGCCAUAGCUAUAUCAGACAUACUGCCGCGGAGCAAAGUCUGGACUACCAUGUUAGUAGCCGGAAUAUGUGUGAUGCCAUAACUCCUGCACAGCUGUAUGUGAGCCAAAUGUAUUUUAUUGUGUUAUUUUUUAAGGAAGUGUAUUCUGUUCUAUUCAGGUGCUAUCAUUGGUGGCAAUGGUUUGGAAUUCCGUCUUAGAUGGACCACACAGAAAGUGAGAAAAUAAGGUUUAAUGUGCAGAUAAGGCAUGUUUGAUGCGCUGUGAGGGGAGAACAUAAAAUGUGCAAUUCCUCAAGCCUUGGACUCUUCACCCACAUGUAUUCCAGGCCCAUAUUUAAAACCAGUCUUGCAGGGAUCUUGAUCUGCUUGUGAUAUAUAAAAAAUGUACUUAUAUCUUAAAAAACUGACUGACCUGAAACACUGUGGUGUGAACAAAUCCUUGUUUCCUAGCCGUAGGCAGGGUGUGGUGAGCCUUAUAUUUGCAGUACUUACAACCAACACAGCAUUUAUAUGGUAUACAGAACAAAGUAUUUCGUUUCUCAGUACUCCUUCUACUUGGGGAGUAUCAGAGAUAACAACAUUCAGAACGUAUCGUUCUAUUUAAAUUUGGGAUGUCCAUUUUUUAUUUUUUUUUUGUUUUAUAAUCCUCACUACAUACCAAACCCUUGCAUUUAUCUCACACUAAGCUGUUUAAUACUUAGAAUGCCAUCUGUGAUGUCGGAGGAAAUUUAGUUUUAUGUAAAAUACAGAAGAAGUAAACGUUUUUAUUCUUUGCUUAGAGAGGACCAUUCAGCUCUCCUGACGUUUGACAGGGUUGGGGCCUUUCUCGGAAUGUGCUUCAGUUAUCACAAGUGGAAAUGUAUGAAAAAAUAAAGUGAAUGGCAAGAGCCAGUUAUUUUAAUAUGGGGAAUCCCUACUUAGUCUUGCUGAUUGGAUUAGUGUGGAGGAGCCCAAAGGGAAUGAGAAGACCCUAGUUUUCAGCUUAUUCACACCAAGAGGAACAUCUGGAGCUAUAAUGCAGAGAUUAAAAAAAUAAAUGAAAAUGCUUCCCAAUUAUUUUAUGGAGGAUGCAAGUUUUUACUAAAAGAUGUCAGGAGUGGUGACAGAUCCUCUUCACAGGCGUUCAAGAUAAUUAAAAAAAAUAAUCACUACAUGGAUGUGUUUUACUUAGUUACAGCAGUGCCAUGCUUACAUGGAGAACCAGGAUGUCAGGGCAUAUAUCCAGUAUAUCCGGUGAAUAAUGGAUUUUUGCAGACAACAUGUAAUGGAGCAAGAGGAGCAGAGCAGAUAUAUAUAAUAUAUGUGUGUAUGUAUAU